AGGAAGGUGAUCCUAUGUUAACAGAUCGUGUCUGGGAGGCAAUUGUGAAAUCUUUUGCUAGCCAAAUGAAGUCUGUUUUUACUGCAUCAAGCUUUGUGAAAGAGAUAUUCACCAUGGGAUAUCCAAAGCUCUUCUCGAUGGUAGAAAGCCUUCUUGAAAGGAUUUCACGUGAUACAGAUGUCAAGGGAGUUCUUCCAGCUGUCUCUUCAGAAGGAAAAGAUCAAAUGGUUGCUGCUAUUGAGAUAUAUCAGACAGCUUUCUUAGCCCUUUGCCUAAGCCGCCUGUCAGAUCUUGUUAAUACUGUAUUUCCAGUGUCAAGCCGUGGAAGUGUCCCCUCCAAAGAACAUAUCUCGAAAAUCGUAUCACGCAUUCAGGAAGAAAUAGAAGCUGUUCAGAUGGAUGCACGUUUGGCUCUCCUUGUCUUGCGUGAGAUCAACAAAGUCUUGCUUCUGCUUGCAGAACGAGCUGAGUAUCAGAUAUCUACUGGCCCUGAAGCACGUCAAAUUACAGGCCCUGCUACUCCGGCGCAGAUCAAAAACUUCACAUUGUGUCAGCAUCUGCAGGAAAUUCAUACACGCAUAUCAUCUAUGAUGACAGGACUGCCCACUGUUGCCUCUGAUGUCUUGUCUCCUGCAUUGGGUACAAUAUAUGGUGUAGCUUGUGAUUCAGUGACAUCUUUAUUCCAAGCCAUGCUUGACCGGCUCGAGUCUUGCAUCUUGCAAAUUCACGAGCAGAACUUUGGCGUGCUUGGCAUGGAUGCUGCUAUGGACAACAAUGCGUCACCUUACAUGGAAGAGUUGCAGAAAUGCAUUCUUCAUUUCCGUAGUGAAUUCCUUUCUCGGCUGUUGCCUUUUUCAGCGAAUUCUACCUCAACUGGGACCGAACCGAUAUGCACUAGACUUGUUAGGAGCAUGGCUUCUCGGGUUCUGAUAUUCUUUAUCAGACAUGCUUCGCUUGUUAGACCUCUUUCGGAAUCUGGCAAGCUGAGAAUGGCUAAGGACAUGGCUGAGCUGGAAUUAGCCGUGGGACAGAAUUUGUUCCCGGUAGAACAGCUUGGUGCACCAUACCGAGCCCUUCGAGCAUUUAGGCCUGUUAUUUUCUUGGAAACAUCUCAACUGGGAGCAUCUCCUCUUCUUCAAGAUCUGCCUCCAAGCGUCAUACUUCACCAUCUCUACUCUCGAGGCCCAGAAGAACUGCAGUCACCUUUGCAAAGAAACAAACUUACGCCUGUGCAGUAUUCCUUAUGGUUGGAUUCUCAGGGAGAGGAUCAGAUUUGGAAAGGUGUCAAAGCAACUCUGGAUGAUUAUGCUGCAAAGGUUAGGGCAAGAGGAGACAAGGAAUUUAGUCCUGUAUAUCCUCUUAUGCUGUGUAUAGGGUCAUCUUUGUCAGAAAAUAUCCCAGCAUCCCACAAACGUGGAAAGGAUGGGACAGUCAAAUGAAUCAUUCAUUUACGAACCAGUCCUUCAGAAUGUUUUUGACUCAACAUUUGCAGAUGGAUAGCCGAGUCUAAGAUAAUAAUGACUGUGUGCCAAUUUUCUGCAUUCUUUACAUCACAAAAUGCCAUAGAUGGAUAAAGCAAUUCUGCAGCCCUUGUCAACAGCAGUUCGAUAAUGCUGCUUUAUUUGGUAUAUUUCAUUAUGAUAUUAUUUAAUUUUUUGUUUUUGG